AUGUCCCCCUCAGCCACAGAAAAGUCCCAAGCCAAAUCUUCCGGCCAUAAAUCCGAAGACGUAGACGGCUCGCACAACGAGUGGAAAUUCCGAGCUCCGUACAAAGUGCACACAAACGAAGACGGUUUCAACGCACUAUAUGAAGCGAGUUGUCACUGCGGGAGGGUGAAGUACCAGCUCAGUAGAGAGAAGCCGCUUGAUGCGAAGUAUUGCCAUUGUACAACUUGUCAGGUGUUGCACGGCGCACCGUUCCAAUGGGCAGCUAUCUUCAAGAAAGAAGACAUCAACUUCACGCACGGUCAUCACGAAUUAGGCUGGUACGAAAGCGGCGAGAAAACAACGAGACAUAAGCUUCCUUGCAAGGUAUCUUGUGUGUAUUGCAGAACGCCGAUUAUGGACGAGGGGAGGAACAUGAUCUUGCUCUUCCCGGGGAUGAUUAAGUGGAAGAGUGAAGCGGAGAGGAAGAAGUUUGCGCCUUCGUGCCACAUGUUUUAUGAGCAGAGGGUUGUGGAUAUUCCGGAUGGAUUGCCGAAGUGGAGUGGGAUGUCGGGGAAGAGUGACUUGAUUGGGGAUAGUCAAGCGGAGGAUGUGAAGAAGCGGAAGAGGGAGAUUGAAGAGGAGAAUGGGGAGAAUGCAGAGAAGGAUGAGAAGAAAAGUAAGAGCUCGAAGAAGGGGUAA